AUGGAAACACAGCUCAUCUCCUCUACCACCGUAAUAGAAACAACGAUAACUGCACGGAAAGUGAUGCUUUCAUUUUUCUUCGAUUCUCGUGGACCACUUUUAAUUGAGUUCCUGCACCAAGGGAGCACUAUCAAUUCUGCACAAUAUUGCAGUACUCUGAUGAAACUGCGACAAGCAAUAAAAAAACGGCUGGGCCUUCUCACACAAGAAGUAAUCCUUCUGCAUAACAAUGCCCGCCCACACAUCUCAAACACAGGAAACCCAGAGGACCUUAAACACAUUCCGUUGGGAAGUUUUGUAGCACCACCUUACAGUUUGGACAUGUCACCCUGUGACUUUCACGUCUUUGGGCCAUUUAAGAGAGCCUUACAGGGGAAACGUUUCCAUUCGGAUGAUGGAGUGAAGGAAGCCAUGCAGGACGUCCUUAGGAAUCAUCCCCAAUCUUUUUACAGCAAAGGCAUCGAGCUGCUGCUGCAACGCUGGGACCUGUGUUUCAACGACCAUCGUGAUUUCUUUUGA